UACAUCAACCAGUCAAAGUAAAAUCACGACAUGAUUGCAUACAUGCAUUUGACUGACAAAACAGCUACAAACUUAUCUUUGCGUUCUGAAUAUUCACCCAAAGUAAGCACAAUGGAGAAAGUCGCAAGAAGCGUAGAAUUUAAAGUGUCCAGUGGUGGAAUUUUCGAUAGAAUCGAUAAUUACGGAGUGAAAACGGAUUUCAACUUGAUUACGAAAAACACAAUUUUUCGUGGUCACAAAUCGUUCUUUGGAGCUUGCAGCAACUACCUCUUGGAGCUUUUCCUGAAAUCACCGUCAUGCCCAGUCAUGUAUAUCAUGGAAGACGUGCGUCCAGUGGAUUUGGAAAAUUUAUUCGCUUUUGUGUACGAGGGGAAAAUUACUGUGAAACCCAAUCAAUCGGAAGGACUGCUUCGUGCAGCAAAUCAACUCAAAAUUGAUUCUUUGGUCAAACAAUUAGAAAAACCAUCGUUAAACAAAGUUCCAACAAUUCGUCUUGACCAGACGUUUAGUAGAAUGCCAAAUCUAAGCAUACAAGAUCCACUACCCAAUGUGACCAAGAGUUGUGUUCCACGCCCUAGUCCUGAAUUUCCAAUGGAACCUUUGAACGAUAUUGGAAGCUCGACCUCAAGCUCUUCCGGAAAGAUUUUUGCCUUCAAGGCUCCAUUCGUCGUUGGAAAACCUAUCUCAAACAAUGACGAACACGACGUGGUUCCACCACAGGCACCACCGCAAGACCUGCAAAAAUCCAAGAUUAAGGUGAACAAUGAGAAAACCUCCACCACAGUUGUAGUGAAAAGGGGAGGUCAGUUGAAAGGUCAGCCUCGAGUGGCUACGCCAUUUCCAUCCUGUAGCAGCCCUCUCCAGCCAGGUCAUGCUAUUCAUGGUGAUGGUGCGAAGAUGAAGGGGUUUGACAGGGUGCGCAUGGAAAUUGGCAGUCCUCUUUUCUCGUCUACGAAAUUAGGUCCAGAAAGCUUACAAGUUGAGGAGCAGUUUCAGAAGAAGGAACAAAUUAUUGUCACCGAGAAAGCGGAACCUGUUCGGAAUAUUGUAGCGUGGUCUUAUGAGGCAGGAGAAACUAACGAGAGCGGUCGUGUUAGCUCAGAACGCGUGGAUAUGCAUCCUCCUACUAAAUUGGAAGCUGCAGGAACUUUUCAAGUCUUGAACGACCAAAUUGCUCACUCCUCAACAGUCGCAAAAUUUUCUUUGCAUGAUUUAAUGAGGAUUGAAAGUAACGUCAACAAUUCGACCAUGAAUUGUCCUCCACCCGCAGUGGAGUCAACCCUUCCGGACCAUGAGUUAAGGAAGGGGAGUCAAGAAGUAUUCACGUCUACAAAGAAAUUACUCCCUACAGCGAAGGUUACAGAUUGUGAUUCUUCGGAUGACUCUUUCUACAUAAGAGAAUUGCGACGAAAGCUACCUGCUGGCAAACGUCGAAGAAUCCCAGCAUCAACUCGUCCCAUGAUUAUCAAUAGUUCGUCGUCCAGUAAUAUGGAAAGUGUUCAUAUGCGAAGCAAGCGCCGGAAACCUAGAUCUAAAUUGCGAUAGAUCAAUUUCAAAUCUUUAUGCGUUGAUCCUACAUAAAUGUUAACUAUGUUUGCACGUUCUAUGCGAAAUGUGCGAAUUAAGUGGUAUUGUUAAUUGAAUUUGAAAAUCACGAAAAAAUAACACGUAACUUCCUACUUUGUUUUAAUCCCCUUCUGCAAAUGGAGACGAAUGCAGGUGGCAGAUGUUGCAUAAUGGAAAUAAUAAAAAUUGUUAAAUAAUUGCUGUGC